UAUUGUUAUUUUAGUUGCCUCAUGCUGUAAGCUAGGCCGUAGUAGGGUUAAAACAGUUUGUCAUUUCGCUUCGCAGGCUCCACACACACACACAAAAUUAAUUUCUCAAAAUGCCGAAUGCUCGCAAAUGCAAUGAAUGUGGGCAAACGCACGUCGCCGGUGCCAAUGGUGCCGUCUAUUGUGGUGGACCACUGUUGCGAGCGGUGCAGAUGUCCAAUUUGUAUAGGGAUAGCAAGUACUUUGUCGACAUGACCUGUCGAUACUCCCCAGAGCGUAUCCUUGCCGACUACCAGCUGUUUAGCUCGUGCAAGAAGAACGAGUCGUCGGUGAAGCAUCUCACCAAUUUCGUGGACAAUCACUUCGAUCAGCCCGGCACUGAGCUGGAGUAUUGGUGUCCGCCAGAUUAUCGCUGUGAGCCGAAAUUCGUUGAGAAGAUCAAUGACCCGGCCCUGAAGAAGUUUGCCAUGGACCUGAAUCGCAUUUGGAAGCAGCUCGGACGCACCAUGAAGGACUGCGUGAGGACCAGUCCGGGCAUGUACUCGCUUAUCUAUGUGCCGAAUCCGUUCAUUGUGCCGAGCGGCCGAUUUAUUGAGUUCUACUACUGGGACACCUAUUGGAUUGUGCGCGGAUUGUUGUACAGCGGCAUGUUCCAGACGGCGCGCGGCAUGAUUGAUAAUCUGUUGUAUCUGGUGAAGCAAUUCCAGAUGGUGCCCGGCAGCAAUCGUGUCUACUACUGGGGACGCUCCCAGCCCCCGCUGCUGGUGCCGAUGGUCAAGUCCUACGUGGAGUUUACCAAGGACGAGCAAUACGCCAUCCAGAAUCUGCCGGCGCUCGAAUUGGAGAUGGAGACCUUCCUGCAGGAGCACUCGGUUCAGGUCGAGGGUCGCACCAUGUAUCAAUAUCGCGACAAGUCGUCGGGGCCACGACCCGAGGCGUACCGUGAGGAUGAGGCGGUAGCCGCUAGCUUCAACUCUGCCGAGGAAAAGGAGGACGCCUACUCGCACAUAAAGGCUGCCUGCGAGUCCGGCCAGGCCUUCAGCUCGCGCUGGUUCAUCUCCUCCAGUGGCAACAACGUGGGCACCAUGGCCAACAUCAAGACCAACUGGAUAGUGCCCGUCGAGCUGAACUGCAUUCUAUUCCGCAAUUGUAAAACGCUUGGCGAGUUCUUUACCCUGGCGGGCUGUGCCGACAAGGCGAAGCAAUAUCGGACCACCGCCUGCGGCCUGAUCAAGGCCAUCACGGCGGUGCUGUGGAAUGAGGAGCGCGGCGUCUGGCUGGACUAUGAUAUAAAGAAUAGAAAGCAGCGUGACUACUUCGCCGUGACGAACCUAUCGCCGCUCUGGCUGCACGCCUAUCCCAUAGCUGAUACCGAAAAGAUCUCCAAGUCUGUAAUGUGCUACAUUGAGGAGAAUAAGCUGGACUGUUAUCCGGGCGGUGUGCCGCAUACGUUGUGCAACACUGGCCAGUUGUGGGACUAUCCGAACGUCUAUCCGCCCAUGAUGCUAAUGCUGAUCGACGGCCUCAACAAUCUGGGCACGCCCGAGGCGACCGAUAUGGCGUGCCGUUGGACACAGCGCUGGGUCCUCUCCAACUACGAGGCCUACACCAAGACGAAUUUCAUGUUCGAAAAGUACAAUUGCGAGGAAUCCGGUUUGGGCGUUGGCAGUCCGGAUGGACAGAACCAUACCGGCUAUGGCUGGACAAACGGAGUUCUGAUCGAACUGCUGGUCAGGUACGGCUGCCAAUUGACUUCAAACAGCGGCAACGGCGACGCUGACGCCGACUGCAACGGCGGCAGCGAUAAUAUGGCAUCGGCCCUGCAGGACUGUCCCAUAACGAGCGAUGCGUACUUGGAAAAGAAGGCGGCAGCAGAUGCCGAUGAGUACGCCAAGAUGUGUGGCGAACAGAAUAUGCAAUACGAUGAGUGUCAGAUGUGCUGCGGCGCGGCAAUGAUGGUUCAAGAUAUCGCUAGCUUUGCCACAAGUGAGACUGGCCAAGUGCCCCCAUCCCAACAAAAUCCCUACGAUCAAAGAAGUGGCCAACAACAGCCUAGACCAUUUGCCGACGACGUCCAUUGUCCAUGUGGCCCCGACGAUUCUCCAAAUGUAGCAAACUACAAUCAGAGUGGCAAUUGCGGAAUGUGUGGAUCGGAUGAUGGUGAUCUUAAGCCGGGCAAUAGGCGAUAUUCUGCUGACCCACAGUGUACAUCAUGCUAUCAGGAUGCUCAACCUCCAGCAGCUCAGUCCCCACCUUGCUCUGCUCCUCCUGCUCAGCAAUAUGCUUCUGAUCAGCUCUGUACAGAAUGUGGUCAAGCGGCUCGAUCUGGCCAAGGUGCUCAGGGUGGUCCCUGUGGUCAAGGUGGACAAGGUGGGGCUCAGGGCGGUCAGCCUCCUCAGACUGCGCGAAGUAUGCGAACUGCUCAAGGUGGCCUAGGCGGUCCAUCGGCUUGCUCGACGGCUCAGCCCCAGCAGGGACAGAAGCCACAGCAAUACCAGCAGCCGCAGCAGCAGCAGCAGCAAUACCAGCAAGGUCAGCAGAGACAGAUAGCUCAAUCCCAGGGCCAGUUGACCGACAUCUGCUCAUAUUGUGAGGCGUGCCGAGCGAGAGCCCUCGAAGAGCAGGCGUGCGCCAAUGAACCCCAGCCGAUUAGGAUUGAAAUGAACGAUGACAAUUGUAAAUUGGAGUUAAGUCCAUCCGAACAGGAGGAAAUCAAGGGCAUGUGUCCGUGCGCCUCCAAGGAUCUCAAUGCAAAAGAGGGCGAAGACGGCAAUUCAGAUUGUGGCGAUGAAGAUGAUUGUAUGUGCGGCGCAUCCCAGCCAAAUCCCGUUUCGGUGAACAAAAUAUUUCCACUGGCCGACGAGAUUGGAUGCCCGCAGCCAUCGGAACAACCGGUUCCAGAACAAGAUUCGGGCUGUGAAUGCGAUAAGGCAGCCCGUGAGAAAAGAGAAAGAGAGGCACAGGAGUAGAGAGCAGCAGUAGAAGCAUUUGACAGCAUUUAGUAAAAGAAAAAGAAA